CCAUGAGAAUUGUGUCAAACCUCUGAACCUCAGAUUCAGCUCCCCGUCGGGGAUUGUCUCCCUCAUCCUGCAAUGACUGCUGUUCGCUGAAGUCCGUGGUCCAGAUUUCCACCUGCUCACGUGCUCAUCUGCCCACUCGAGAUGCCCGACAAAAGGCCACUGGAUCCACUGCAGCCGGUGCUCUACAUUGACCACUGCCGCUAUCGCCAAACUUAUCGCAAGCAAGCCCUGCAUCUCCAUUCUUCGCUGGCGGAGGCUCUGAAGGCCAUUCAGCCAAGGGUUAAGCUCCAGCUAAGGAUCAACGACAAGGGACCGCCACAAGAUGGAUCCUUUGAGGUUGCUGUUGCCCCGCAGCCAACCGACGAUUCCAGGGCCCGCCAAAGUGUGUGGACUGGGCUGAGGCGGAUGCCCAGUGCAUCGAAGGUUCCCCAUGUGGACGACAUUCUCACCCCAGUUUGUUUCGCCCUCCAGCUGAGGGAUCCGCACAAGGAAUCCCAUCGCCGCAUGCUGACCAAUUUGCGGCACAACGAGGGCAGUCGCGCCAGGAGGAGGGAUAUCAAAAAUGUCUUAAAUAAAACUUAGUAAACAAUGUCA